UCGAUGACCUACGGCCUGCUCUUCAUGGCUUUGUUCUGUUUCACAACAAUCACCAUCGUGGACGAACGCGAAUCUAAGAUCAAGGAGUCCAUGAAGCUGAUGGGACUGGGCGAGUUGAUCUACUGGAUGUCCUGGUUUGUCAUGAACUUCAUCUACGGCCUGUACAUCUGCAUCCUGGGUUGGGUGGUCAUGUGUGUCGACUACUCGCCGGUCGGUCGGCUCUUGAAGUCAUCCAGUCUGCUGUUCGCCAUCUUUGAACUGGUGUUUACGGUCAACACAAUCAGCGCGGCCUUUCUGCUCGGCACAUUUUUUAAGAGAGGCCGACUUGCUGGAAUCAUAUCUAUAAUCGUGUAUUUCGCCAUCCCCAUGGCUACCUCCAGUCUCAUCGAACAGAAAACUGCUCGCAUUUUGCUGUACGGGGUUGGUGUUUUCUUGUACAGGUUUGGCUUUGAAGUAGCCAGGCAAGUUCUAUAUGACAACGAAAACGCUGAGAGACCGAUUUACCUAUCAACCCUAGCAGUCAACGAAUUAGAUCCGAAUAAAAAUGUCUUGGAUGGUCUAACCAUUAUGAUACUGAAUACUGCUUUCAAUGUUUUCUUCGUCUGGUACAUAAGCAACAUUUUCCCAGGGGACUUUGGCAUUCCAAAACCAUUCAAUUUUCUGUUUACUCGGAGCUACUGGGUCCCAACUGCUGUAGAAGAAAAGGAGUUACCAGACAUCCCCCCUGAGGAGGAAAAAUACUUUGAGACGCCGAACAGCGAUUGGAAAGCCGGGAUCCAAGUCCGAAACUUAAUUAAGAUGUUUGGUAAAAAUGUCGCCGUUGCUGGAACAAAUAUGGACGUGUACGAGGGGCAGAUAACCGUGUUGCUAGGUCAUAACGGGGCAGGGAAGACAACUACAAUCAACAUGAUCACAGGUUUCCUGCCUCCCACAAGUGGAACCAUUACCGUACAUGGUCUGGACAUGCGUAAGAAUACUGACGCUGCCAGAAAAUCUAUUGGCUUUUGUCCUCAACACGACAUCCUGUUCGCUAAACUCACAUGCAAGGAACACCUCAUCUUUUUUCUCAAGAUAAAAGGAAAAUACAAAAAGGAAUUGAUGCCUGCGAUUAUCGAGCGCUUGAACUCUGUCGGUCUGGGUGGAAAAAUUAACGAUUAUUCCAGUCAACUGUCUGGUGGUCAGAAGCGGAAGUUGUCACUAGCCUGUGCAUUCAGUGGUGAUACACAGGUCGUCUUUCUGGACGAGCCAUCGACCGGCCUUGACCCCGCCGCCAGACAGGAAAUGUGGGCUUUCCUAAAGACAAUGAGAGAAGGUCGAACCAUCCUUUUAACGACCCAUUACAUGGACGAGGCAGAUGUACUGGGCGACAGAAUCGCCAUCAUGGCGGAGGGGAGAGUUAAAUGCUGCGGCACACCAAUGUUUUUAAAGAGGGUUUAUGGCGCUGGGUACAGGUUGAAGAUUGUCAAGCAGCCUGGCUGUAACACUGACGCUGUCACUCAACAGAUCAAUCAGAUACUCCCUCAAGCUAAAUUUAUGAGCGAAACCAACUCUGAGAUAGACUACCUGUUGCCUGAAAUCGUGACAGAAAAGUUCCCUCAGCUGCUGAAGAUUCUAGAAGACGACACACGGAGGCUACAAAUAAACGGCUUUGGGCUCACAGCAACAUCAAUGGAGGAUGUUUUUGUUAAAGUAGGAGAGGGUGUGACUGCUGAGGAUAUAGCGGCAGCUGUUGAAGAGGAGGUCCCUCUAGCCGCCAAUGAAGUCCACAAUGUCGAAAAAACAUCGAAGAUUGAUUCUGGUACAAUAGUAAUUGAUAUGGCUGCGUCAGACCCAAGAUCCUCAAAUGUGGAUUUGUCACAGAAUAAUACCAAACCUCGUGAUGAAACGGUGGUUUCACAGUCCCAGCAACAGACAGACAAAAUCUUCAAGAUGUUUCACGUGUGUAAAAGUGGUUCAAAGCUUGGGGUCUUCGGCCAACAGCUGCGGGGGAUCGUCAUCAAAAAGUGGGUCCUGUUCAGACGGAACCUGAUCUCCUCUCUUGUUUUAAUUGCCUUACCCUCCAUCAUCCUCGGCAUGGGGAUUUACUCAGACAAAAGCAAAACCGAAACCUCCAUGGAACCUAUGGUAUUCAGCGCUGAACAUUUGACCAACGUUAUCACGCCUAUUGAGUCGAACGAACAGACAAACCAAGAACUGGUGAAAGAAUUCAAGAAACAGUUGCCAUCUUCUGAGUUCCCUGUACACGACACGUUGGACCCAAACGAGUACUUUUUGAGGUGGCUGAAAGCGAAUGGAAAAGAAAAGUAUGAUAAAAUGGUGCUGGGUGUGGUGUUUGAACAGCACGACUUUGUACAUCUGUAUUUCAAUGGUCGGAUCAGGCAUGCGCCGGGAAUAGCGGUGCAGCUAAUGCUGAACGCCGAGGUAAAGAGAGUGCUGGGAGAGGAAUUCUCCGUCCAAUCUGGACUGAGGUACUUCUCAUCAGACCUAGCUAAUGAAGAGUCGCUCAAAACUUUUAUGGCCUUGAACUUUGCAAUGGCUCUUGUUCCUGUUGUGUUUAUCUACAGCCUCAUUGUAGAACGGGCAACUGGUGCCAAACACCUCCAAACACUGAGCGGCGUCCACCCUAUUGCCUAUUGGUUAGGGACGUUUGUCAUAGACUUCCUGGUCAUGCUGCUCUUGAUAGUACUCACGCUGUGCCUGCUGACAUUGAACCCAAAAACCUUCAUAGACAACGACCGCUGGUUGGUGCUGUUGAUCGGGUUUCUCUGCUUUGGCUGCACCACGUUUCCCUUCCUAUACCUCGUGCAGAAUAUUUUCUCCUCCCCAUCCCGAGGUAUCGUGGUCCUUCUCAUCGCCAACGUCGUCAUCGGUGUGGUUAUCGGCCUUAUUAUUGGUAUGCUUAAAAUGAUGGGAGUCACAUUGACUGGCAUGUACUUCUAUCUCGAUCUGGCCUUCGGCUACAUUUCUCCAAGUUACUCGCUGUCCGUCAUUCUAACGACAGUACUGGGAGUCAAUUCAAAGAUUGCAAAGAACUUCACCGAAAUGAUGGAUUAUAACAACCAAAUAUUGCCUGAAGUCUUCUACAAGUUUCUGGGACAGGCAGCCGUUUCGUGGAUACUUAUUUUGUUUAUAGAAUACAAGCUCCACAGAUUUAUAUGGUACAAUAUACCGUGUCUUGGGUCACUUAUCUGUAAAGGAAAAUCUCAGGAAACGGUGGCAAAAGAAGACGAUGACGUCAGUAAUGAGCGAAAAAGAGUACAUGGAUCCAAAAAGGAAGAUCUUGUCAACAAAGACGCCCUUCUUCUGAUCGACCUGAAGAAAGUCUACUGUGGUCUUUUCGGCUCGACAAAGACGGCGGUCCACCCCGUUAGCUUUGGGGUGCCAGACAAGGAGUGCCUAGGGUUGCUGGGACAGAAUGGAGCUGGGAAGACAACCAUCUUUAAAAUGUUGACAGGGGACAUCACUUUAUCUGCAGGAGAGGCUUACGUAGGCGGCUAUAAUAUCAAAUCACACCUCAAAAAAGUCCAGUCUAUGAUGAGUUACUGCCCCCAGUUUGACGCCCUCCAUGACGUGUUGACAGGACGAGAGACCCUGUACCUGUACGGCAGGUUGAGGGGAGUCAGGGAACACUGCCUGCAUGAAAUCACUGAAAUUAUUAUCGACUUUAUCACUCUUCGACCACACGAGGAUAAAAUAACAUCUGCUUACAGUGGCGGUAAUAAAAGGAAGUUGUCCAUAGGGAUAGCCAUCAUCGGUGACCCCCACUUUAUAAUGCUAGACGAACCGACAGCUGGCAUGGACCCCAUCUCUAGGAGAAGUCUUUGGAAAUGUCUGCAUAUGAUCAGGUCAAUGGAGAGAACCUUGGUGCUGACCUCACACAGCAUGGAGGAGUGUGAAGCGCUGUGCACGAAAAUUGCGAUCCUCAAAAGAGGGCGGUUGAUGUGUCUGGGCAGCACGCAGCACUUGAAGAACAAAUUUGCCCAGGGCUAUACCGUCAUCCUCCACGCUAAACAUCAAGAGGACGGAGCCAUCCUUCCACUGAAGCCUGCGGUAGAUUUCCUGAUCUCAUCCAUCCCUGGAACUACGGUUUUCAACGCCCAACCCUCGUACUACCACCUACAAGUUCCAGAGACUGCCCGUUUGUCUGAAAUCUUCAGGCUUUCAUUAGAGGCCAGGUCGACAUUUGACCUCCAACAUUUCACGGUCCAACAGACGUCCUUAGAGCAGGUCUUCUUGCUGCUCAUGAAGGACGAAAAGUGAUGAAUGAGUUUAUUAAAUAUUGUGUUCAAAACAAUGAGAGCAGUAUGUCAU